AUGGGCCCGAUCCAGCGAUGUGCGGAGUUUCCCGUCACGUCUCCCGCGGGGUUUUCAGCUUCUCACUCUCCCUCCAUCAACACUCUGGACAGUCAGGCCAUUUUUCUGCACAAGACAUCGAUGUCUUCCGACAGAACAAGUCCCCCACGGGAACACUCCGUGUCAGAGCAGACACCUCUCUUGGGGGAACAACCUGUGUCGGUCCGCCCGUCGGAGGAGUCUCCCGUGCCUCUGGUGAAGGAACCAACCACUAAAGAACUGAUCUUGGUGCUGGGAAGCAUAUGGGUGGGUGUCUUCCUGGCCGCUCUCGACACGACAAUCGUUGCUACGCUGACCGGUCCGAUCUCGUCCUCGUUCCACUCACUGUCGCUUCUCUCCUGGCUGGCAACUUCAUACUUAAUAUCGAAUGCCGCCUGUCAGCCACUCAGCGGUCGAUUGACCGACAUCUUCUCCCGACGGGCCGGACUCGUCUUCUCCAACAUCUUCUUCGCGGCGGGUAACCUCAUAUGCGGUCUGGCGCAAAGUCAGAGCACCAUCAUCCUGGGCCGGGUGGUGGCCGGAAUUGGAGGAGGCGGCCUGACAGCCAUCUCAACCUUUGUGACCUCGGAUCUAGUCCCUCUCCGCAAGCGCGGGGUGUGGCAAGGCAUUGGGAACAUUUGCUACGGAGCUGGCAGCGGUCUGGGCGGUGUCUUUGGAGGCUGGAUCAACGACACAUUGGGAUGGCGAUGGGCGUUCCUGAUCCAAGUCCCGUUUGUCGUUGUGUCCGGCAUCCUCGUCAUCUUCACAGUGAAGAUCCCCGUGAAGGAGACUGAAAAAUCGGCGCUGAAGCGAGUGGACUUCCUCGGCGCAAGUACUCUGGUUAUGACGCUGGUUCUCCUACUCCUGGGACUGAACACGGGCGGCAACAAGGUCCCGUGGACACACCCCUUGGUCUUGACAUCGCUGCCCCUUUCCGCGGUGUUCCUGGGUCUCUUUGUCUAUGUGGAAGCGGAAAUCGCAUCGGAGCCGGUGAUCCCUGUCCGCCUCCUCCUCAAUCGCACAGUUUCCUCGUCCUGCCUCACGAACUGGUUCUCGACCAUGGCCGUUUUUGGGCUUCUUUUCUACCUGCCACUGUUCUUCCAGGUUCAGGGUCUGUCCGCCACUGCUGCAGGGGUCCGCUUGAUCCCGCAAGCGAUCGGUACGUCUCUGGGAUCAUUGGGAUCAGGGAUCCUCAUGCGAGCCACCGGCCGCUAUAAAAUCUUUAGCUACAUGGCCAUGGCUAUAUUGGUGGCCAGCAGCGUCUUGAUCUCUACCCUGACCCUGACCACUCCGUCCUGGCUGCCAUUCUUCUACUUCUUCCUGAUGGGGGCGGCCUACGGCAGUAUGCUGACGAUCACCCUGGUUGCGCUCAUCUCCGCCGUGGACCAUGAAUAUCAUGCAGUGAUCACAUCCGCAUCCUACGCCUUCCGCAGCACAGGAAGCACGAUCGGAAUUACCAUCGCCUCCGCUGUGUUUCAGAACGUCCUCAAGUCGGGGCUUUGGUCCCGGUUUGGUGACCGCAAAGACGCGGCGGAGAUUAUCUCCCGCAUCCGCGACAGCUUGGAUGAGAUUCAAAAGCUCCCGUUGGAUUGGAAAGCGGGCGUCUUGGAUGCAUACAUGGACUCCUUGCGCGCUGUGUUCAUGACGCUAUUGGGAUUGAGUGUUCUGGGAGCGCUGGUCAGCCUGGGCAUGCGCGAGCAUGUGUUGCACAACAACCUGGCCCGGCGAGAGCGGUGA